AUGAGUCCUGAAGGCUCAGCAGGAAGACCAUCCAAGCGGCUAAAGAUGGGCGAAGGCAUUCAUGCGACGUUUCAAAAGGCUAGCAAAAACAAAAGCAAAUACCGCGCACAGAGCGCCAGAGAUCCAAGUCAGACCCAAGGCAAGAGCGGCAAUCGGCAGAUAACACAAGUCAGUGCGUCUGGCAUCCACAGUGAUGAUGUUGGCAUAUUUGUCACAUGCGACAAGGGGCAGGAGAGGAAAUGCCUGGAGGAGCUCUCGGAUCUCUUGGGCGAGUACAUCACGGACGACCCUCAGCCUGGACAGCAAGACACAGACAACGGGCAUGCCAACGACCUGGGCGAAGAUAACGAUAUCGAAGCCGACAUCCUUGCCGAGUUGGACGAGCUACGGCCCAAACCGACAAAAGGUUCAUCGUCGCAGAAACUUUCCUUGAUCAUGCUAGACAUACCUUGUGUGUCGUUCGUCCGAUUCCCCCGCACGACGACUGCAGAAUCCCGGCAUGACCCUGUCGAUAUCGUGCACCGGAUCUGUAUCAAUGCUGCACAAAAGGACUAUUCCGGGCCGAGAAGCCGGUACAUCAAGAGGCUGACUCCAGUGAGCUUGAUACGGAAGACAAUGAACGACGGGCUCGAGUCCCUCUGCGACCAGAUUCUUCCCCAACACUUCCUCAUCAAGCCCGAUGCUCCAGAGACGCAGGACCCAGAGUCUGCGACUGAAGACAGCAACCAGCCCAGACCCGUCAAAUUCGCCAUCCGUCCAACGAUCCGGAACAACAACAAACUAAACCGGGAUAUAGUCAUACGAACAGUGGCGGACAAGAUCACAGCGUUGGGUCAGGGCAAGCACACCGUCGACCUCAAGGGAUAUGAUAAGCUCGUGCUUGUCGACGUCUAUAGAAAUGUGGUCGGCAUGAGCGUGGUAGGGAAUGAUUUCGAGACAUUGAAGAGAUUCAAUCUUGCCGAGCUUCAUUCGAGUCAUUUUGAUGACGACAAAGAAGAAGCACAAGAAGAAGAGAAGGCUGCAACCGCUGGUUGA